GGCAGCACUGUUCGCCACCGUUGAUUCGAAUAUUGAAUGGUUAUACGCAUUAUAUAUAAUACUACUUUGUUGUUUGAGUCAUACUGUUCUGACAGUUUAUCAAAUAUAGUUUUAUCUCUAUAUGCAUACAUGUAGUAUAUUUAAAGUUAUUGACAUAAGUAACGCCUUUGUUUAAUAAUUAUAAUCCAAAUGAAAUUUAACGAAAAAGAACUCGCUGAAUUAAGUAAUGGCGCUGCCGAUUUAGAAGGCCGUCUAAAUCAUAAGCGGGCACACAAGUCAGGAUCCAAAGAAAGAUGGUUCAAAUUAAAGUACAAUUUAUUAUUUUAUUUUAAUAUUAAUGAAAUAGGCCAAAUUGAUAAUCGUCAAGCAGCUGGAGUUAUUGUUUUGGAAAAUUAUAGUAUUAAUUAUGAUAUGUUCGAAGGAGCAUUUUCAUUCAGUAUAUCUUUUCGUGAUGAGCAUGAGAAGAGACAUAUUUUAAGUGGUCGCUCUGAAGAUCAGGUCGAACAAUGGGUUUCUGCGCUUAAACGAGCCAGUUAUGAAUAUUGGAGAUCACAAUUAAUUUUACUUCAAGAAACACUGUGUAAAAAGACGGGGAAAGAUCCUUUAUUAAUGCACCUUAGAAAUCAAGGUAUCAUUAGGGAUGAAGCUUGGGAACCUGCAUCCAGUUUUAGAUCGCAUGUACAAUCUUUUACAACGUCAGUUGUGUAUACGCUAGCUAGACUAAAUCCAGUACAAAAAGAAGUAAAUUUAAUUGAAUUUUAAUUGCAAAUUAAAGAUUAUCUUUAAGGAUGAACUUGAAUAAGUAAAAUGACUGAUAGAAUUAUUCUAUACUCAGUCUCAGAUAGUUAAUUAUAUUUUUAAAAGUCAUAUAUAGAAUAUAUUAAUUUAUUUAUUACUGUCUAUAUAAAUCAUUGGUAAGUUUAUAAAAUUGAACUGAUUUUCUUAGUUAGUUGAAAUUAAGUAGAAGAAAUAUUUAAUUACAAAUAUUUUUUCUUCUUUGUAAGAUUUGUACAACGAAAUGCAAAGAAAGGAUUAAAAAAAACUAAAUAAGAUUUAUAACUGCCUAACGUUUUGCUUUAAAUAUUAUAAAUUUUUAAUUAUAAUCAUUGGAAAAAGAGAUCUAAAAAGCAUAAAAUAUUUUUGGGGAUUAUAUUAAAUAUUAUUAUACAUUUAUAUGAUAUAAUCUUUGAUCACUUUCAUACGUAUGCAUAUAUAUAAUAUCUGGAUAAUUUAUAAAAAUUAACAAAAAAUACAAUCAUAAAAAAGAUCGAUUCUAUAUGUAAAUAAAAGCAAUUAUUCUUCCAUGUCUAUUUAUACAUUACUAUAGAAAAUAGUAUAAUUUAGAUGAAACAAUGUGAACAUAAUUUUGUAAAUAAAUGUUAAAAAGAAAAAAAGGA